UGCAAGUGUUAAACUGCGCAGCCGCAUGCCUUCUUGUUUUAAGCCUAAGGCAAUUAGGUUUUGAUGCAUCCACUUAGAGGAGCACACAAUGGUUUAUGUUCCCGCCCAACUAAAGCGUUUCCACAAUUAUACCUGACAUCUUGUACGACCUGAACGCACCUGUGGUCCUCAGCGUUGGACCAUAACAAUCGCUUCAUCCGAUGGAUAUGAAACCCGUCAAAAACCAAGUGAACUACAGCUUUUCCUGUCGUUUGUGGUCGGCUCCCCUAUAAAGCUCUCUGAUAAACAUCAGCAAGAUGUUUCUCUGAAUUAUUCCUCACACAGGUGUGAGUGACGUGAUUAGCGAUGCUUUGGUUUACUGGGACACUUGAACACAUCGUUUUUUUAGCAGCUCAGCUCGUUCCUUAUUUCUUCAGCUCCUAGACCACGCUUUAAAAGCUCUUGACAUCCUGAAUGAAAGACGCUGGGUUGUUUAUUACUAAAUCAUGUGAUGAAUAGUUCAGUUGGGAGCUUCAAACGUGACGUCCUCUUUGUGUUUUGGUCUCAGUCCUCUCAUAAUCUGGAGUCCCUCAGCAGGCCCGAGCAGGACUCCAAGCUGCCUUUGUCUCUGAGGACCAAUCUGCUGGACCUGUUCAGUCAGAUCGAGAGAGAGUUUGAAAACCUCUACAUAGAAAACCUGGAACUACGCAGAGAAAUCGAAACGCUGAACGACCGCCUGGCCGACGGGCAAACCGUCGAAGGGGCCGAUUUGGCCAAAGGAGCGUUGAAAACAAAAGCGAGUCACAGCACCAGCCAGCUGUCACAAAAACUGAAGACGACCUACAAGGCCUCCACGAGCAAGCCCGGCCCGGGGUUCGACUCUCCCUCCCCGAGAGACCUGGUCGUUCAAAUUUGGAACUUAUUUAGUGAUCUGUUUCCAAAAAGAACCGAGGGUCCAGUUUGUAUCAUCCCCAUCUUUAAUAUCGUGUCCAGCUUCAAAGCGACCACGUCCAGAGCCGUGUGCCAGCUGGUCCGGGAGUAUGUGGGACACAGAGACGGCAUCUGGGACCUCAGCGUCUCCAGGACUCAGCCUGUGGUGCUCGGUACGGCAUCAGCAGACCACUCGGCCAUGCUGUGGAGCAUUGAGACGGGAAAGUGCCUCCUCAAAUACGCGGGGCACCAAGGAUCAGUCAACUCCAUCAAGUUCCACCCGACGGAGCAGAUGGCGCUAACAGCGUCCGGGGACCAGACGGCUCACAUCUGGAGGUACAUGGUGCAGCUGCCGACUCCACAGCCCGUCGCUGAUAUCAGUCAGCAGACCCCCUGCGAGGAUGACGUGGACUCCUCUGACAAGGACGAGGCCGACGGCGAGGCGGAGGGUCCCAGCGACUGCCCCUCCCUCCGCGUGGCGACCACCACCCUGCGCAGCCACCAGGGCGUGGUGAUCGCCGCCGACUGGCUGGUGGGCGGCAAGCAGGCGGUGACGGCCUCCUGGGACCGAGCCGCCAACCUCUACGACGUGGAGACGGCAGAGCUGGUCCACUCGCUCACCGGCCACGACCAGGAGCUUACCCACUGCUGCACACACCCCACCCAGCGCCUGGUGGUGACCUCGUCCAGGGACACCACCUUCAGGCUGUGGGACUUCAGGGACCCGUCCAUCCACUCGGUCAACGUGUUCCAGGGACACACAGACACGGUGACGUCCGCCGUCUUCACAGUGGGCGACAACGUGGUUUCCGGGAGCGACGAUCGAACAGUCAAAGUGUGGGACCUGAAGAACAUGAGGUCGCCCAUAGCAACCAUCCGCACCGACUCGGCCGUCAACAGGAUCAGCGUGUCGGUGACCCAGAAAAUCAUCGCUCUGCCUCACGACAAUCGGCAGGUCCGUCUAUUCGACAUGGCCGGGGUGCGACUGGCUCGACUCCCACAAAGCAACAGGACGGGUCACCGGCGGAUGGUGUGCUGCUCCGCCUGGUGUGAGGACAACACCUCCUGCAACCUGUUCACCUGCGGCUUCGACCGGCAGGCCAUCGGCUGGAACAUCAACAUCCCCGCCCUGCUGCAGGAGAAAUGACCUCCGCUCGAACACUCGCAGGCUCCAAGGAGGCGGGUUUUAAAAAGGUGGGGCUUUUAACAGCCGUCUCUUGAGUCUACAGGCGGUCGACACCCGAAGCCCCCUGAGGUCCGACCUCCCCCACCUCACGCCCUCUAACCCGCCGCCCAGUUACACAGAACAUAUCGAUCAAGAGGAGGAAAAAACACAUUGGAGAGUCUUUUGUCGUCUUCGUUGAAAACUGAAAGAUGCUUACGUAAGUGUGCGAGUUUCCUUCAUUACAAAACAUUCAGCUCGGUCCCUGAGAUUCCCUGGUACAUUUCAACAGCGUAUUGUCACAGCAGCUGUUUGUCACAGCUGGGCUCAGCGUUCGGGGGUUUGUGUGAUUCGGUAAUGAACCUUUCUGAAAGUAAUUAUAGCUUAUUGCUGCUUUUGCCGCUUCUGUCCAGACAGAAGGGGAACCGGCUGCUAGCUGGAAGGGUUGUUUACCGGCCCACUGAGGUUCUGUUCUCUUGUGAAAAGGAGCUGAAAUAAUCUGGAUUCUCUUCUGUUGCCACAUAAAAAGGAACGCGAAACCUUCUCCUGUGCCGUGUUUGUACUACUGACAUGUUGCUAACCUUAAAAACAGCCGCAUGUUCCAUAUUCUGAACGGCUUCGGGCUCAACCUGAGCAACACUGUUGUCACUGGAUGGCAGCAAACACUUAGAGGGAGAUGAACGUUUAAUACGGUUAAAACAAGAAAACCAAACCGUGGAUGAUCUGAGCCAGUGUGCUGCUGCCAUACCACCACCCCCCAUUAUUAAAGAUUAGCAAUUAAUGUGUAGACGUUGUCUCGGCUUCGGGGAGGAAAAGGCAGUUUUACGGAUUCUGUACGUGUGCAAAUUAAAAUCUCUCAAAAGCU